UAGAAAUGGCUGAAGCUCCCCCACGGCCCUGCCGGUUUUUUUGUCACCGGUGUUCAGCAGAGAUUAGCCCGCGUUUGCCGGACUAUACCUGUCCACGCUGUGAAUCUGGAUUCAUUGAGGAACUGCCUGAGGAAAGAAGUACUGAAAAUGGGUCCGCACCUACAUUCUCCACCAGUGAUCAGAACCGCUCUGCCUUUGAGAACAUGGAUCACCAACACUUAUUCACAUUUCCCUCUGGGUACGGUCCUUUCGCCCUCGGGAUAUUUGAUGAAAACUUCGACCUUCGAACGCGUCUGCCCACGGAGGACAAUCGAGAGACAGAAAACCGGAGGGAACGGGAAAUGGCAUCACGGCAGCGAUACAGUGCAAGGCAGCCACGGGGUCGACAUGUUCCUCGGCGGCAGGGUACGCGCCAUGAAGGAGUGCCCACAUUAGAGGGAAUUAUCCAGCAGCUAGUUAAUGGGAUCAUAGCGCCUACAGCCAUGCCAAACAUUGGAAUGGGACCUUGGGGUAUGUUACAUUCCAAUCCGAUGGACUAUGCCUGGGGUGCUAAUGGACUUGAUGCUAUCAUAACGCAGUUAUUGAACCAGUUUGAAAACACGGGUCCUCCUCCUGCAGACAGAGAAAGGAUAAAGAGUUUACCCAUCAUCUCCAUUACAGAGGAACACGUGGGUGCUGGUUUAGAAUGUCCAGUGUGCAAAGAAGACUACAGCGUUGCGGAGACUGUUAGACAACUGCCAUGCAAUCAUUUGUUUCACAAUGACUGUAUAGUCCCGUGGCUGGAACAGCAUGACACGUGUCCUGUGUGCAGGAAGAGUCUCAGUGGACAGAACACAGCCACAGACCCGCCAGGGUUAUCAGGAAUGAACUUCUCUCCCUCUUCCUCAUCCUCUUCUUCCCCCAGCUCACCUAGCAAUGAGAACGCUGCCAGCAACUCAUAGAUUUUCCCCGCCACCACCACCACCACCAACACCUCAUAUCCGAAAACCUCACAACCAACUGAGACCCAGCUGCUCCUCUCCACAGCUGAGACCGGGACCAUCUCAGGUCCUUCGUGACGAUACGAGUGGAGGUGAACUCUGGAUUUUAUUGCAGACUAUUCAUUCAGUCAUCAUUCCUCCCCUUGUGCAGACCGGACACUGGGUCCACCUCCUGCUGCUAUUGUUGCUGAGUGUUUGAGGAGGCGGGACUGGGUUGUGUUUAAGAAGGAUCCAGAGAGGGUGUGAAUAAAAACGAUGAUAAAAGAGGGAUCGUGACCAGAACUGGAGCACAGUUUGAGCCAGAGUGGGGCUGGGACACAUUUUAUAUCUAAAAGAAAAAAUGCUCUUUUUUUUAAACAUUGCCUGUGGUGGUGCAGACUUCAAGCUGAGUCCAUAGAUGUGUAGAUAGAGAAUUCAUUUUUCAGGCGGUGAACUUGUCAGCCAUUGUACAGCUAAUGGAUCAAACUAAAACCUUGUGGAAAGGAGUGUAUGCAUCAGAUUUUUUUAAUUUAUUUGCACCUCUGUUUUUUUUAUUUUGCACAAAAUUCAGUCUGAUGUUAAGAAUGUGAAUUUGGGUAAACUACUGAAAAACAAACCAAUAAAAAAAAAAUCCUGACAUUUUGGCAUUGAAUGAGUCUUUUAGGAUUUGUUUUUGUGUUAAUUAGAUUUUUUUUUCUUUCUUUCUUAAAGAGUGUGAACCAGUGUAUGUGGUGUAUCUUGACAAGGUAAAGAUCGUCACAGCUCAAAUGUGGACACAUUUUUACUGAGUUUCCUCAAGUAGAAAACAUUUACUACUUAUUUAUUGAAUCCUUGGCCAACACAUGAAUAGAGAAAUGUAAAAGAAAUUAAAAAAAAAAAAAAAAGGCAUGGGAUCAUCUUACCUCUAUAAAACUGGCCAAAUGUGUUUCACAUAAGAAGUGUUUAUUAUUUUAUUAACUGAUUUUUUUUUUGUACAGUCACAAUAAAGUGCAAAGAAAACUGA